AUGAAACUUUUACCAAGAAAUUUACCCUCUACAAACCAAGCAGACGUACGUGGUACGUCAGAUAUUGUCUUGAAUGAUCAGAAAACAAUGCGCACACAACUUAUUUACCUGCAGCCAAAUUUUACCAUAGAACUCGAUCCUGUGAACCUUUGGAUCGAAACUAGGAGUAAACUGUGUAAUGGUAAUUUUAUCGGUUACAGAAACUUGUUCGCCCACUUGAAACAUGUGCAAUUAAAUCCCCGACGUUCUUUUGGAAGAAAAGGCGGAGAAACUUUAGAAAAGGUCAUAGGUCAGCCAGAGAAAUACGAGUACCUGAGCCUGGAGAAAGGUUAUUUCAAAAUUAGUUGUCAAGGCCGACGAAUAUUAUAUGAUUUCAACAAGAAAGAUCACUUGAAGCUGUGGCUCUCGGUUGUUAAAGCGACCACGGACAAUGGCAUCAUACCUCCAUUAAAUAAUAAUUUCACUAUUGCAGUGACUCGAUACGAGUAUGUUAAUCUGUAUCAUGUUAUGACAGACUGGUUCAAUGCAUUUCUGAUGCUUUUGAUUUUCAAAAAGGAGCCAGAAACUACCUCUAUUCUUUUGAUUGAUAGCCAUCCUGUUGGCGGUCUGGACAGUGUUUGGACGACGCUUUUUGGUCACGUGACCCGAGCAGGUCACAUGACAGAAAUCACUACAUAUAAAGAUCUGGUGUGGAGCAUAACUGGAUAUAAUAGUCUGUUAAAUCAACAUGCUUUGCCUCACGUACCAUAUUUAGAAGAAUUCAGAGAAUUUUUCCUCAGCAGAUAUAAUGUUAAAGACACCAAAAAAUUAAACUGUGAAAAUUUGUCUAUUUUAUUUAUAUGGCGCAAAGAUUAUGUUUCUCACCCAAGAAAUCCCAAAGGAAAGAUCAAGCGAAAGAUAAGAAAUGAAAUGGAACUACAAAGAGCGGUUCAACAAGUUUUCCCAUAUCACAAUGUAAAAGGUGUGCAGAUUGAUUCGCUUCCAAUGUCAGAGCAACUUCAUCUCAUCGCCAACACUGACAUACUCGUGGGGAUGCACGGGGCGGGCUUAUCCUUCACCAUCCUCCUCCCCAGACACGCGUCAUUAAUAGAACUCUUCCCACGAUAUCUCUCAACCAAGAACAACCAUUUUAGAGCAAUGGCAAAAUGGAGAAAUCUUUAUUAUCUACGAUGGCAAAACAGGAACCCUCAAAACGAGUUUCCGAAUUAUUUCACGUAUAUACCAAUUGAUGUCAUAGUGGAUAAGGUCAACCAGACUGUAAAUUAUAAAUGUGAAAAAUGGAUGCGGACUUGA